UAGCACAGGAAUCUGCAUUUCGGAAGGCAAAGCAGCACCUUAAGGACGCCGAGGUCCUUGUGCAUUUUGAUCCAUCGAGGAAACUGAAGUUGGAAUAUGACGCAUCCGCUCGUGGUAUAGGCGCUGUUCUUUUUCACACAAUUGGAAGCACCAACAGACCAGUCGGGUUCCGUUCCCCAACCCUGACAAAAGCCGAAAGAAAUUAUUCUCAAUUAGAACGUGAAACACUGGCACUUGUUUUUGGGGUGACUAAGUUCCGGGAUCACCUUUUAGGUCGAGAGUUCGUCCUCGUUAGCGACCACCAGCCACUUCUAGGACUGCUGAGGCCCGACCGCCAGACGCCUGCCAUGGCUGCAGCUCGCAUCCAACGCUGGGCCCUCUACCUGGGAGGCUACCGUUACAAGCUCGAAUAUGCUCCGGGAAGGCUGCUACUGAAUGCGGAUGCACUGAGCAGACUGCCUCUGCAGGGCUCCGAUCUCGUCACGGAACCUGACCCUGAAGAAAGGACUCCCCAGAAAACCGGAAAGUCGCCAUCGGAAAUGCUGCUGGGGUACCAGAUACGAUCGCGCCUGGACACCUGCUUCCCUGUGGCAACUGUGUCUAAUUCUAAAAAGGAAAACGACGAGUGGUUGCCUCCAACGGACUGUAGUGUACAUGUCCGCAACUACGGGUCAAAUGGUAAAUGGAUACCAGGACGGGUAACAGCGACAUCGGGAGGACGGAUGGUCACAGUGGAGACUCCUCAAGCAAUCGUGCGGCGUCACAUCGACCAAGUGCGCACCCGCACUGAAUCUUCUCCAGAUGAACUACCAGGAACCGACCCAGGCUCGAUCAGCAGAGACCGUACUCAGAGCGCACCGCCACUCUGCCAAGAGCCAUCCGCGAGCCCCGACGACGCGGGAGAAUCUUCACCCCAAGAAGCGUUUCGAGACCUGGACCACCAGAUACCUGUUCCAACACUCGUGGCAUCCUGGGCAGACCAAGUACCCAUGCAACCUGUUCGACGCUCCACAAGAUCCCGCAAACCAGUGCAGCGUUUUUAAGAGGGAAGAAAUGUUGUAAAAUGUGGUAUCAAACCGCCGCGUCAUGUGCGCGCUGUCAAUGCGCAGGCGCCAAGUUCUUUUUCUAUGUUCACUCCUCCUUUUCCCUUUCCCCUUUUGCUUUAUAUAUACGUGCAUUAAACACUUGUGCGUGUUCUCGGCUAACCACUGGGUCGUCAACGUCUCCCUUCUUACAUGACGGCAGCUACGCUGCCGCUGCUAUGUUACAGCAUGUAAGAGGGGUGCCAAGCUUUUUUUUUUAUGAGAGUCUUGCCCAGCUCCCAAAUAUCUGCUCAAGCUAGGACUUGCUGAUGGCUGUAUGUGUUUCUUUUUAUUAUCGCAUGCCCUCGAACUGCCACGAAUCCUACAGUGUAAUGACAUUAGAGCAGUAUUCACGUCCAAAGGGAAAUGCAGCUGGUAAUUGGGCUGCCUAAGGUUUGC